GUUCCUUAGUCGGUUUAGUAACGUUCUAGUUGUCAGUUGUCGUUCAGCGUUGAACGGACGACGUGUGAUUAUUAUAUAUAAUUCAUUCUUCCUUCUCUCGUUGUGUGUGUGAUAUAUUAACUCUACUGCGGUGUGAAAUUUAAAAAAAAAAAUAUUAAAUUAAAUAUAUUAAAAAAUAAACAGCCAAAACUGUUUAAGCGUAAAUUCGAAUUUGUGCGUAUUAAAUUUACAGCAGAAGUUUUAAAUUAAAUCCAAACCAUAAACAAAGAAAUUAUUUGUUCCUUUUACUUCAAGACAAGUAAAACCAAAUAAAGAAAAGCAAAAGCAAAUAAAAAUUUAUUAAAAGAAACAACAAAACUCAAUUUAUUUGAAAAAAAACAAAAAAUCCUAGUGCGCGUGUGUAAUGGCGUUUUUGCGUUCCAUCUGUGCUCAACGUACAAAUUUAGUUUAUAGUUAUAGUGGCAGUAGUUCCAGUAGCUUUGGUGCUGGCAAAUUUCAAUACAUUGCUGGCUCUAAAGCUUCAACAAGUUGGUCGGGCACCGUUCGACAAUUGAGUCAUGAUUCGAAGGACAAUGCAAGUGAAUUGAAUUAUCAGCAACGCUCAUCAAGUCAUUAUUCCACUCAUAAUCGUUAUAAUCAACAACAACAACAACAACUAUUAUUAGCCAAUGCUCUCUUUACACCCAAUUUUAAUCAACAUUAUCAUCGCGUCCAUACAAAUGCCAGCAAUUCUCAAACUGUAGCCGCCACCCAAAGCAUUACGGAUGACGAUAAAGUUUCGUCUGUUUCGAGGAAGGCUCACCGUAAGCAAAUCCCCACACCAAAUGUCCCCGAAAAUCCCCAACGUGAUCCAUUGGACGUUAGUUUCAAUGAUCCUAUUGCGGCAUUCAAGAGCAAAACAACAUGGGAGCUAGUACGCGCCUAUCUUGUCUACAUUAUUUGUUCCAGUGAAAAACUGGUCGAGCAUAACAUGAAGUUGAUGAAAUUCGCCAGAACCGUAUUGGGUGGCACACUUUUUGAACUAUUAAUGAAAUCAACUUUCUAUGGACAUUUUGUUGCUGGCGAGAAUCGUCAUACGAUUGUACCAACGCUUGAGAGAUUGCGCUCGUUUGGUGUUAAGCCAAUUUUGGAUUACUCCGUAGAAGAGGAUCUUUCACAAGAGGAAGCUGAGAAACGUGAAGUCGAAUCUUCUGUCUCCAGUGCUGGGGAUGUUGCCGAAGAUGAUGCCAUGCCCCAGUAUCAUGUAGAUAAAUCAUUUGCCGAUCGUCGUUAUAAGGUCAACAGUGCUAGAACUUACUUCUACUUGAAUGAGGCUACUUGUGAACGUAACAUGGAAACAUUUAUUAAAUGUUUGGAAGCUGUUUCAGGCGCAACCUUUGGUACUGGCAUAACAGCUAUUAAAUUAACCGCCCUGGGUCGUCCUCAACUUUUGUUACAACUUUCUGAAGUCAUUAUGCGCACACGUAAAUAUAUGGAAGAUUUGGUUGGUGGUCAAGGCAAUGUUUUAACUCACCACAAGACUAUUAAGGAUUUGGAAAAAUACUAUGCCAGUUUGGGCUCUGACAACAAAAAUGUUCAAGAAUUUCUUAAGAAUGUUACCUCCGAUAAAGAAGGUAUUUUGCAUUUGUUCCCCUGGUCCGGUAUUGUGGAUGAGGACUCACAAUUGAGUGAUACCUUUAGAGUACCCGAUCCUAAAACAGGUCAAAUGCGUCGUUUGAUCUCACAAAUUCCGCCCAAAGAGGAAGAAAUGUUUAGAAAUAUGAUACGUCGUCUAAAUACUAUUGUUAAGACUGCCGAAGAAUUGGAUGUGCGUAUUAUGAUUGAUGCUGAACAGACUUAUUUCCAACCCGCUAUCUCACGUAUUACCCUCGAAAUGAUGCGUAAAUACAACAAGGACAAGGCCAUUGUAUUCAAUACAUACCAAUGCUAUUUGCGCGAAGCUUAUCAAGAGGUUAACACUGAUUUGGAGCAAGCUAAACGUCAAAACUUCUAUUUCGGCGCCAAAUUGGUGCGCGGCGCUUAUAUGGAACAAGAACGUGCUAGAGCCAGUGCCCUUGGUUAUUCCGAUCCCGUCAAUCCUAAUUAUGAGGCUACUACCGAUAUGUAUCACAAGACUUUAACCGAAUGUUUGAGAAGAAUUAAGAUUAUCAAAGACAGUGGCGAUGAUGCUAAAAAGAUUGGUAUUAUGGUAGCUUCCCACAAUGAAGACACUGUUCGUUAUGCCAUUGAGAAAAUGAAGGAAAUCGGUAUUUCGCCCGAAGACAAAGUUAUAUGCUUCGGCCAACUGCUGGGCAUGUGUGAUUAUAUUACUUUCCCCUUAGGUCAAGCUGGUUACUCGGCCUAUAAGUAUAUUCCAUACGGUCCAGUUCAAGAAGUGUUGCCAUAUCUCUCACGCAGAGCACAAGAAAACAAGGGUGUCCUUAAGAAAAUCGAAAAAGAGAAACGUCUUUUAUCUGCCGAAAUACGCCGACGACUGUUGCGUGGUCAAUUGUUCUACAAACCCAAGGGAAAUUAUGUACCCAUAUAAAUUACUCUCCCUCUCCACUAUUGACCACCCUUACACACACACACACAACACACACCUUAAAAACAAAAAUAACACAAAAACUCAUUAAAGAAAAAAAAAUAUUUUUACAAAACACAUUUGCAUACUUGCAGGCGCUACAUUUUCAACAAAAUAAAAAGCGGAAACACAUCGACAUCGAUAUGAAUCAUUGUUUAGGACAUCAUACAUUUUGAAACAAAAACUCGAAUUCUAUUUAAAUGUAUUUAACUACAAAGCAAAUGAUCACACAAAACUCGAAUAUUUUUCAAAUUAUUUACAAACGAAUAAAUACUGCUGGACACAGUUAAAUGGUGUAAAGGCAAUUUUGCAUUGGCCUUUUAUAAAAUGUUUGUAUGUAGAUGUGUUUUGAAUCGAAAAGUAAGAAGAAUUAGAAGGAAAUAGAAUAGAAACAGAAUCGAAUCAAAACGAAUCUAGCAUUUUCACUACUCAUUAAUAAAAACAAAAAAUUAAAAAUAAAUCGUAUGUCAUGGAUUUUUAAAGAAAGACUAAGAAAAAAUGUUUCAAAAUGUUGCUGUUAAAUUGAAAAAAAGAAACUCUUUUUAAAAAAAAAAAUAAAUUUUGAUUUUAACAAAGAUUUGUCAAAGAGCUAAAUAUGUAAACGAAUGUAUUUGUUUAAAUUUAAAAUUUGUUUUGUUUCAGAGUCAUGUAUUGUAAAUGUAUACGUCUAUAUAUAUUAAGUACACACACACUCACUCACACAUCCGCCUCCACAGGGAUGUUAAAAAUAGUAGGGAAUUUAAAAUGUUCAAUAUUUGCAAAAUUAAAUACAAACUAAUGUGUAUUUUAUUUAGGUUUUCUCUAUUAAACGAAAUCUUUUAAAUUGGCUUUUAUUUAUUUUAUAAAAGAAAAAUUUAGAAUAUUUUUGUUUAAACUUUGGUUGUUUCAAAUAGUUUUGUAUUUAUUUAACACAUUUCGUCGUUGAUUUAGCGAGAAAAUUUUACAUUUAACAAAUCAGUCAUGUAUGAAUCUUAAUUUUUUUAAAUUAUAAACAAAUUUUAUUAAAUAUUUUAUUAUGUAAAUGUCUUUUUAGUUAUUUUACUGUGUAAAAUUGUUUUUGCUUUUCUCCUGUUUCGUCGCCAUACAUAUGUUUGUAAAAUCUUAUUAUUUUAAAAUUGAUUUUUAAAAUAAAUUAAGCAUUAUUAUUUUUAUUUCUCAAAGAUUGUAUAAAUAAAAAAUUAAGAUUUCUUUUAAAUUAUAUUUGUUGCUUUUAUUUUAUGUUCCCCCGAUUUCGUAAUUCAUACACAGCUGUAUUUUUUUUUUUUAUUAUUUUAAUUUGUAUUAUUCUGUAAUUUUACUGUAUUAUUAUUUUGUGUUUUAUUUAUAUUAUUAUAUUUUAUGUAGUAUUAAAUCAAUUAUGUUUUAAUUUCUUAAUUUUAUUUACAAAUUAUGUACGUUUAACAGUAAAAGUAAAUAAAUUUCUGAAAAUAUCUUUAAAAAAACUACAAAA